AGGGGUGAGAAGAAAGAAAGGAAUUAGGGUGAAGGAGAAAGAAAGGAAUGGGGAGUGAUUGGAGGAAAUCGAUGGGUAAUGUUAGAUCCUUUUUCGGAAACUUAACGGGAGGUUUAAGGGGUGGAAGCAAUUUGGCAUCUUGGGUCGUUGCCGGUACUUUAGCUUACUAUCUAUGGGUCAAACCCUCUCAGCAACUCAACAGACAACAACAGGAAAAGGCGGCUUUGGCUGCUGCAUCAGAUACUUAUCGUUAUGUUGAGAAGCGAAAACCUAUUCCUGAUCCACAGGAAACUGGAUUGAUAUACGGUAACAAGAACAAAACUAAAAGAUCUGAAGAAUAGCUUUGCGAGAAUUCGACGCCAUUCUGUAAGUUAGCUUGCAUAAUGCUCAGGGAAUUGUCAUCCCUUAGGAGUUACUGCUGCUCAUUGGCGUAUAGGAGCUUAUAUACUUGUACUUCUGAACUCAUUUUUUUUAUGGGGGCAAUAAUUAUCUAUACCUAGAAAAGAAAAUCAUGUAAGCUUUAAGUUUUUGUUGAUAGAAUGUAGCAUUUUUUUUGUUUUCAAGGUGAGAUUCUUGAAUAACGUUAUACUGUUUUCUCAACAUAAUGUUUUCUUCCUUUCAAUGUGAGCUACAUGAACAUUUUUGUUGAAUGUUCAAAGUUUAUAUGUAUUUGUUAACUGGUUACGGCCAGCUUCUAUUCUUAUGUUAACUAAUAAGGAUUUCUGUAUUAAGGGUCAUCAAAUUUCAAGAA